AUGUCAUGUUGGAGGUAUGCAAGGCAAUGGCUGCGCGACAUCACGGACCGCACACUGCUGAACAGCCCUUUUACAGGACGACACUUGCUGCCGUACCUGCUCACCGCCUUGAUCCUACAGCGGGCCACAUUUCGCUGUAUCGUCUCCCUUUAUGUAUGGUCUGGAAGUGCAACUUUGAUUUCGCUGACGCUUUCAGUCUUGCCACUGUUCAUGCAAUUUUCUGGCCGCGCUGCGAUGAGAAUCGCAUCUGAAGUUAUUUUUUGUUUUGGGAUUAUCCUCGAAGCGCCACUGUUGAUGUUUGACUUGGGCUGGACACAAGGCCUCACUUUCGCCAUAUUCCACUUGGCAGCAUGUGCCUCUAUGCGGAUACAUCCUUUCGGUGUACUUUUACUGGCAUGUAUGUUUGUGGACCUCAUUGUCAGCGAAGAGGUUGCACCUGUUGCGUGGACCUUCUGGUGGCACGGCGCUUUUCCGACGUACUUCAUCCAUAGCGUGAGCGUCAGGAAAUUUGUCACAUUUGGAGGAUGGAUGAUCAUGAUUGCUAUUUGGUACACCUACAGCUUUUCGAAGGUCAUCAGCGCGGUAAAGAACGGCACCAUCAUAAGCCAGCAGGCUGCUGCCUCGACACCGCGAGCCGAGCCAAACAGAUACCGCGGUUUUUGCUUCUGGUGGAAAUUAGCGACGGAGGAUGCGGUGCGCAGCUCUCCUCUCAUGGCUCGUUCUGCUAGCUGCACCUGGCUCUGUGCCAGCAUGCUGUGGGGUUGCCACCUGGUGCUUGCCGACUCCAUCUUGGGUGGGAUAGAGAUGGGAGCAGCAAAGUGCGGGGCGGCUUCCAAAUGGCAAGUUUUGCUGCCCAUGAUGGUAUCCCUCCCUGCCGUUGCUCUAGCGGUGCUGGCCUUGCGAAAGUUGCUGUCAGAUAGGGAAGUCCUGCUAUGGGAGUCCUGCUUGUUGAUAGUCACAGUCCUCCCUCAGUUUCUGAAUGCUGGCCUGAUUUCACUCAUGAAAAGGCGCGAAUGCUACUCCCUGCUGUGGGAUAAUUUGGCAUUUUCGUUAUCGUCUAUUUCUGGGGUCAUGGCAUUGGCUACGCUCGCCGUCGCCAAUGUGCACCCAAUGCUCAUCGCCUUAGGUGGCUGCACUACCUUGAUCAUGGUUUUUGGCCCUGUGUCAAUUCGUCUUCACAAUCUCUCCGGUGCGCUGUACUGCAUGGCGGUAGCCAGCAUUAUCCUGUUUGAAUCUGUUCUUCACUUUAGCAUCAUCAGGUGCGUGUGGGCUGCCAUGGAGCGUGGCUGGCAGAACGCCUUGAGUUUGGACGCGAUCGUGUCGCAGAUCUCCCUGCGCACACACACAAGCAGUGGUACGCUACCACAAGAAGUGGAGCUGCCCAGUUCAGAGCUGCUGCAGGUGAGAGAGUGGCCGCCAGUUGGUCAUGAUCCGUGCUGGAGAGGCAGCUUCAUGACCGGAAGCGGUGGCAUCGCGGAAGAGACAGAGCUCGAGGGUGGUGAGAACCAUGACUGUGAGGCCACAAGGGAUGAAGAGCCGGAGGGCAUCGCUGGCAAAGCUUUCCAGCCAGCGGUGGCAGUACUGCGGCAUGGAGAACGCGCUGACGUGACCUGGGGAUCCACCUGGUCCCAAUCUCCAGAUGCGCAGCAGAACCCUGCUGACUGCCCCAUCACGCCGGCAGGCAUUGAGGAUGCGUUGGAAGCAUCUCACAUGCUUCGAACCUUCGCAGGCUUCGGCAUUGUGGUUUCUUCCCCAUAUUUGCGAUGUGUGCAAACUGCCAUCAUCAUUGCAGACCAGCUGAACUUGACGGUGCUGCUUGACCACGAGCUGGGCGAGGUGUUUGGGCCCUGUGUCUUUGAGUCCGGGGCCUACCACCUGGGAGGGCACCCAUGGCGCCAGCGCUUCGCACUGUACCAGGCGCUGAAGAGCUGGGAGCCGACGCCCAGGGGCCAGCCGUUGGCAAAGCCCGCCGUGCGCCGUGUGUCGUGGAAGAGGAUCCUCGGUGCCCCUCCCUCGUGGCCUGAGCGGCUGCCGCAGGCGCGCACACGCUACGCGCGCCGGUUCCUGUCCUACCUGCGGAGGAGCCGCCUGGCACAGCGAAGUCUGGUGAUCGUGUCUCACGGGCAUAGGGUGCAAAGCUGCCUCAAGGUCUUGCCGCAGACACAUGAUAGAGAUGUGGCCAGGGUCUCGUACUGUGGAGGCUUAAUGGCACGAUUCGGCUCCGGACUUGCGAGGCUGGACAGCUUUGAGGAAACUAGCUUCUUCCAUCAAGCAGCGGAGAUGGAGAGUUCCUCGGAACUUGGCGUGGAGGCUGGGGGUGACUGGCAGCAAGGAGUUGAAGCCGAGGAGGAGCAAGCUUUGGACCCUGUCAAGUUGAAGGGGUGGGGGGUACACAUCAUCGGGACUGAGUUCGGGCCAAUGGAUAACAGAGCGCUUGGCCGCCAUUCCCAGCACAGGGCUUUCUUGGACCAGCUGCGGACCAACACUUUGACCAUGGAGUGCAUCCAGCAGCUUCUUGGAGAGCUGCCCCAGCAGGUCCCUGGUUCUGAGUCUCAAGGCCCUGAGUCAUCUCCAAGGUUGCGGGCAGGCUCCGGCACGGAGAGCUCCAUGCGGAUGUUCACCCGGCGCAGCGUCACCGAGUCGAUUUGCACCAGUGACUUCUCAGAGCCGCGAGAGCUCUUGCGGCCGGAAGAGCCUCCUGAGCCGCCCAAGGCGGCCAGGCUUCUGUUGAAAGCCAACCCGUUGCUUAGCCGGCGCCUUCAAAACAAGGAAGGCAGCUCAGGCUUGGAGGCAAAGUAA